CUCCAUCAGCCGGGCUGGAUUUCUGUGUAUCCUCUAGUAAGAAUCCUCAUCCAGAAAAGGGCUUUCCCCCCUGCCUGUGCCAGCCGGCAGCGCCCGGCCGGGCACACCGGGGAUGAUUUGAUGGGCAGGAACGUGAAGCGAGCUCUGCUGAAUCCCUGCUGGCCAUGAAGGGAGAGAAUCAGCUACAAAGAAUACAUCUUUAAAAUAAAGAGAGGAGCCAGCAAGCAGCAUGGCCCAGAGCAAGAGACACACGUACAGCCGGGCGUCCAGCACCGGCCCCAGGAUGAGCGUGGAAGCCAGCAGCAAGCCCCUCAAGGUGGGCUCCAGGGUUGAGGUCAUCGGGAAGGGGCACCGCGGCACCGUGGCUUAUGUGGGUGCCACGCUUUUUGCCACGGGGAAGUGGGUCGGUGUCAUCCUGGAUGAAGCCAAGGGCAAGAACGAUGGCACCGUGCAGGGCAAGAAGUACUUCACCUGCGAGGAGAACCAUGGCAUCUUCGUGCGCCAGUCCCAGAUCCAGAUCUUUGAAGAUGGAGCUGAUACAACAUCCCCAGAAACACCAGAAUCAGCUGCCUUGAAAGUCCCCAAAAGAGAUUCCCUGGACGCUGCCAAAGCCAGCAAACUGCGUGGAGCGAAACCCAAAAAGGCCCCGGCGACACGGAAGACCACGGCCAGGCGGCCCAAGCCCACCCGGACCCCCAACUCUGCAGCAUCCAGCGGCACCGCCGGGCCCUCAGGCUCAGCCUCUGCCUCCGGCGGGGAGAUGAGCAGCAGCGAGCCCAGCACACCUGCUCAGACACCACUGGUGGCCCCAGUGAUCCCCAGUCCCUCCCUGACCUCACCCGUGGCACCCCCAGUUCCCUCACCCACAAAGGAGGAGGAGAAUCUCCGUUCUCAAGUCAGGGACCUGGAGGAGAAACUGGAGACUCUGAAGAUAAAGAGAAAUGAAGACAAAGCAAAGCUUAAAGAGCUUGAGAAGUACAAGAUCCAGCUGGAGCAGGUGCAGGAGUGGAAGAGCAAAAUGCAAGAGCAGCAGGCUGACCUCCAGAAGCGUUUGAAGGAGGCCAAGAAGGAAGCCAAAGAUGCCUUGGAAGCCAAGGAGCGCUACAUGGAGGAGAUGGCAGACACGGCUGAUGCCAUCGAGAUGGCCACCCUGGACAAGGAGAUGGCAGAGGAGCGAGCAGAGUCCCUGCAGCAGGAGGUGGACUCCCUUAAAGAGAAGGUGGAAUAUCUUACCAUGGACCUGGAGAUCCUGAAGCACGAGAUCGAGGAGAAAGGCUCGGAUGGAGCAGCCUCCAGUUACCAGGUCAAACAGCUGGAAGAGCAGAAUGCAAGACUCAAGGAAGCCCUUGUCAGGAUGAGGGACUUGUCUGCCUCAGAGAAGCAGGAACAUGUGAAGCUUCAAAAACAAAUGGAGAAGAAGAACACGGAGCUGGAGUCCUUGAGACAGCAGAGGGAGAAGCUUCUGGAGGAGGUGAAGCAGGCAGAGAAAACAGUUGAUGAGCUAAAGGAGCAGGUGGAUGCUGCCUUGGGUGCUGAAGAGAUGGUGGAGACUCUGACAGAGAGAAACUUGGACCUGGAGGAGAAGGUCCGGGAGCUGCGCGAGACCGUUGGGGACCUGGAAGCCAUGAACGAGAUGAACGACGAGCUGCAGGAGAAUGCCCGGGAGACGGAGCUGGAGCUGCGGGAGCAGCUGGACAUGGCCACGGCGCGGGUGCGCGAGGCCGAGAAGCGCGUGGAGGCGGCGCAGGAGACCGUGGCCGACUACCAGCAGACCAUCAAAAAGUACAGAGAGCUCACAGCACACCUUCAGGACGUGAACCGAGAGCUCAUGAGUCAGCAAGAAGCCUCUGCGGAGAAGCAGCAGCAGCCUCCUCCCGAGAUGUUUGACUUCAAGAUUAAGUUUGCAGAGACAAAAGCCCAUGCUAAGGCCAUCGAGAUGGAGCUGCGGCAGAUGGAGGUGCAGCAGGCCAACCGCCACGUCUCCCUCCUCACCUCCUUCAUGCCCGACAGCUUCCUGCGCCACGGAGGGGACCACGACUGCGUCCUGGUGCUGCUGCUCAUCCCUCGCCUCAUCUGCAAGGCCGAGCUGAUCAGCAAACAGGCUCAGGAGAAGUUUGAUCUGAGCGAGAACUGCGCUGAGCGCAGUGGGCUGCGGGGAGCAGCGGGCGAGCAGCUGAGCUUUGCGGCUGGCCUGGUUUAUUCCCUGAGCCUGCUGCAGGCCACCCUGCACAAAUAUGAACAGGCCCUCAACAAGUGCAGCGUGGAGGUGUACAAGAAGGUGGGGAUGCUGUACCCUGAGAUGAGCGUCCAUGAGCGCUCCCUCGACUUCCUGAUCGAGCUGCUGCACAAGGACCAGCUGGAUGAGACUGUCAACGUGGAGCCACUCACCAAAGCCAUCAAGUACUACCAGCAUCUGUACAGCAUCCACCUGGCUGACCAGGCUGAAGAUUGCACUAUGCAGCUGGCUGACCACAUCAAGUUCACCCAGAGUGCCUUGGACUGCAUGGGGGUGGAGGUGUGCCGGCUGCGAGCCUUCCUGCAGGGUGGGCAGGAGGCAUCUGACCUUGCCAUCCUCCUGAAGGACCUGGAGACCUCCUGCAGUGACAUCAGGCAGUUCUGCAAGAAGAUCAGGCGCCGCAUGCCUGGCACCGACGCUCCGGGAAUCCCUGCGGCACUGGGCUUCGGGCAGCAGGUGUCGGACACGCUGCUGGACUGCCGCAAGCAUCUGACGUGGGUGGUGGCCGUGCUGCAGGAGGUGGCUGCUGCUGGGGCACAGAUGAUAGCUCCUCUGGCUGAGAAUGAGGGGCUGCAGGCUGUGAAGCUGGAGGAUCUGGCCUUCAAAGCCAGCGAGCAGAUCUAUGGUGCUCAGGGCAUCAACCCCUAUGAGUGUCUGCGUCAGUCCUGCAGCAUCCUCAUUGCCACCAUGAACAAGAUGGCCACAGCCAUGCAGGAGGGAGAGUAUGAUGCAGACAGGCCACAGACCAAGCCCACCCCACCUGCCGAGCUGCGGGCAGCGGCUCUCCGGGCAGAGAUCACCGAUGCUGAGGGGCUGGGGCUGAAGCUGGAGGACAGGGAGACAGUCAUCAAAGAGCUGAAGAAGUCUCUCAAGAUCAAGGGUGAGGAGCUCAGUGAAGCAAAUGUGCGGCUUAGCCUCCUGGAGAAGAAGCUGGACAGUGCAUCCAAGGAUGCAGAUGAUCGUGUGGAGAAGAUACAGACCAAGCUGGAUGAGACCCAGACGCUGCUCAAAAAGAAAGAGAAGGAGUUUGAGGAGACCAUGGAUGCUCUUCAGGCAGAUAUCGACCAGCUGGAGUCAGAGAAGGUGGAGCUGAAGCAGCGCUUGAACAACCAAUCCAAGAGAACCAUCGAGGGCCUGCGCGGGUCCCCUGCCUCCGGGGUCGCCUCCAUCGUGUCCGGCAUCGCCGGAGAGGAACAGCAGAGAGGUGUCGGUGCCGCGCAGAUGAACGGCGGUGGCUCAGGCCCUGUCCAGGUGAAGGACUCACCUCUGCUUCUCCAGCAAAUCGAUGCCUUGCAGCUCUCCAUCAAGCACCUCAAGAAUGAGAAUAACUGGCUGAAGGGAGCCCAGAUGAAGAUGGAACUGGCCAGCCUGGCACCUCUGCAGGUAGCCAAGGUCUCCCUCCCCAAGAACCGUCAGGGAGAAGGCCUGGCCACACAAACACUGUAUCGCAAGACCAGCCAGCUCCUGGAGACCCUCUACCAGAUGAGCGCCAAUGCCAAGGUGCUGGACAUGAAGCAGUCCAAGUCAGCACGGAGCUCCUCGACGCGGCUGCUGGAGCAGACAGCUCGGCUCUGCGCCCUCAAAAACACCAUUGACACCCUGAGGGAUGACACAAUGAGGGAGGCAGUUCAACAGCAGAUGGGUGCCAGUGUGCCUACCAAUUUUGGCAUCUUCCCCUCAUCCUCCUUCCUCAAGGCUAAGCGGGAGCAGGAGGAGGGCCUGGCGUGCUACGGCCGCGUUACCUUCCCCUGCGCCCCGGGCCACGGUCAGGCUCACCGCCUGCUGCUCACCCCCGACCUGCUCCACGGGCUCCGCACGCACUUCGGGCCCUGAGCCGAGACCUGCUGCCUCCUCCCCCGGCACAGACCGAAGUUCGCUGCACCCCCCACCGCUGACAGACUCCCCCCCGGCGCCGGUGUUGACCCGGGCCCUCGGGAGCAUCCCCGAGAGUCGCCGCUUCUCUCACUCGUGAAGCGGGGACUCUCUCUCGCCCCGCUGAUCUCUGACACUACGGAUCCCCAGGAGCUCCCCCUGCGCCCGAGGGACUGCGGCGGGCUGGGGCCGGGAGUGCGGGCUCCCCCCGCCCCGCGGUGUGCUACUCCCGGCUCCCGGCACUCGCGCUCUCGAAUAAAGCUGCCCUGAACCUG